GGCAUCAACAAUGUCAUGCAAUUGAGACAUAGAAUCGGGAAGGAUUAACAAGAGAUAAUUGAGAUGAUCUUCAUCGCUGACGUUUUCACCGGAAUUCUUGAGUUGGUGUGUCCCUGAGAGUAUGUAGGUUCAUCGAUGAGUUCAUAAGUACUCAAACUAGUGCAUACCUUCACUUACUCUCGAUGUGAGGUUUUGGCUGCCAGAAAACCUUUGACUCUAAUGCAUCUCUCUUCGUACAACUUCACCACUACUCAGUUACUGAAGCUUGUCUCUAAUGCAGAGGGUCUGCUGCAGAAAUUGGCAGAUACCCAUAUCCCAGCUGAGUAUCAAUGCGAAAUCAAUGAGUGGCUGUGUCUAAAACAAGAAUGUGAGGAAGUGUUGUCAAGCGUAGCUUCAAACAGUGCCGAAGAGGACGAUGAAAACAUCGAUGAUAGUGAUGCUUCCUCUUCUGUGAAGAGCGAAAAAGGCAAACGAGGACUGGGUCCCAUUCCUGAAGUCACUGAAAAUGAAGUGAGCUCAUUUAGCGGAAGCAGCGGCAGCGAAAGGAAUCGCUCAAUAGAUUAUGGCUAUUACCAAAAAUUUGAGAAACCUGUCACAACACGCAACAAUUCUGAUUAUUGUAACAACAACAUCAAUAAUAAUAUCAGUAAUAAUCAUAAUCCACACUCAAGAAACCAUUCUCUAGUCAUAGAUCCUGAGCCAAGUAACUUAAAUUUCACAGUUGUCUUUGAUAACUACUACCCAAAAUUUCGUCAAAUUACAGAAACCAAAAUUAGGCAUGAAAAGAAUUCUCUGGAUGAUAGACUAGGUCCAAAAAACUUGGGUAAUAAUAAGCUGCGACGGAAAAGCAUUUGCGCAGCAGAAGAUCCUUUGAGAAAUCCAGACUAUGUUUCUGCCCCAGACAAAAAGAUGGUGAUACCAGAACUUGCAGAAGAAAUGAGUCCAGCAGAUUGUGAAGAUAUCCGCAGGGUCAAAGCAACCUCUGCUGUCGAUGUAAAUCUGAUCGGUGAACCAAUAAUUGGAAUGAAUAAAAAUGAAGUGACAGACGUUGUUCCGUUGCAGGAUUCAAAGUCAAACCUUCGAGAUAGUCUAGGGAUUGUAGACCCUGUGAAAGAGCUACAAUAUAUAGUUUCUUACAAUGAGUCAAAGAAAAAUACUAUUUGUUUGAUGUAUAUUGACAUCAAUGAAGCAAAGAAACGGCUCGCAGAAUUCCAUAAAGUUGUCAAAUUGAAGGAAGAACUACUACAAAAAAUAGUGAAAAAUGCUGAUGCUGCUAUACAAGUGCAAAGGAAAUGUGAAUUGAAACUCUCCAAACUCGAAGGAGAGAGUGGUGCAAUAAAGUCCCGUCUUGCAAAGUUUGAAAAGAAUCUCUUAUACAAUGAAAGAGGAAACAUGAACGAUAUUGCAAAAUUAAAGAAUUCAUUGAUGACCUGUGAGAGUAAGCUAAAAGAUAUGAAAAUUAUUCAUAAAAUUGCUCGAGAUUGUCAAAAAAACAUUAUGGAGCUUGAACGCACUUUACAUUUCUCCAAAAAGAAAAUGCAAAAACUAGCAAAAAGUUUGAAAUUGGAAGAUCGGCAAGAAUCUGAAAUGAAGGAUCGGCGGGAGGCUUUUGUACAUGAAGAUGCCAAAACGAAAUUGAAUAGACUUUUAUUAGAGCAGUUGCUGAAGCAAAAUUCUGAGAAUUUUGAAAGAAAAGAAAGGAUGCAAUCACAAUUACAACAAGCAGAGAAAGAGUACCAAGGUCACAUCUUAAAAUCAUUAGGUGUAAUCAAGGAAGCCUCUAAUUCGUUUAAGAAGUCAAAAGAAGACAGUGCCAACUUCAUUGUACAUAAGGGUGAUAAUCUUGGUCAAGAUGCUCUUAGGGGCUCAAAGACAGAUGCUUCUUCAGUACGAGGUCUUACUGAAAGCUGCAAGAGUGAAUCACAAAAAGAAGACAAAUCCGCAACUAAAGUGACCUUCGAGGAUGGAGGUUUAAAGGGUAUUAAAGAACUGUGUUGGAGGAUAACACAGCUUGAAAAUGUGAUCCGAGAAAAUGCAUGUGCCACCGAGUCUGCAAAUGUUUCUAAAAGCAAGGAAGUUUUAAGGCAUGAAAUCAGAAACCUGCGUCGGACUAAAGAAUGUCUCAUUGAAGAGCGAGAUAAACUCAGUAAUAAAAUGAAGAGUAAAUCUUCUUCAAGUUCAGAAAAAAGAAUGUUUUAUGAAGUAGACGAAUCAAUCGAUGCAGUAGACUUCGUUAUCGAACAUAAAAAUGAACUUCUUUGUGGGAGGAGUGGCCUAGAACUGAAGGAUAAAGAUGCUCUGAAGUUUGAAAUCAUGCUCUUAGCUCGUCUUUCAAAUCUGUCCCUGGAUGAAAUGAGAUCAUUGCUGUAUCGGUAUUUUUGGAAAGUCGUUGAUCUUCGAGAAAGCAGUAAAUCCCUAGAAGAACAAAUCACAGAAAUGGAUAUCCAAUAUGAAAGCAUUGCCAUGAAAUUCCAGCGGCUAGUGAAUGAUAUCCAGUACAAUGAUGUCUUGUCAGAAUUAAAACUGACGCUAAUGCAAAAAGAUUACGAAGAGAAAAUCGGAAGUUUGCUGAGACAUCUCUGUGAGCUUGAGGCCAUUUUAGGGAAAGCUGAAGAAAUGGAAACCAACUAUAAUAUUGAGAAUGUCAUUGUCCAGAGAGAUGAGGAUGCUCUAGAUCCUUACGUCCCAAGAAUGCAUCAUCAUGGUAUCCAUCAAAGGCCGAGGAUCCCUACUCAGUUUCUACACCAAACACAUUCGAAUUCAAAUCGAACUUCAACGAAAGUGACGAAAGAAGGGAAUAAACUCAUCUUCUGUCAAGAAAAAAAGAGAUCUAACUAGUGCAUUUCCAUCAGUCUUGUGGUUAAAUUCAAUGAAAAGCUUCAUUCGUUCUCAAAGGAAUUUUUAAGUCUAAAAGCACUAAAAUGAUGUCACUUUGAAAUUAAUUACACAAAGAAUGUAGCUGCCCAUUUAUUCUCACUGUUUCAGUUAAGUAAUGGAAUCGGUGGUGUGGAUAUGUCUCAAACAAUAUCUGCAUAAUUGGUGGAUUUUUUGUAACCUGUGAAUAUCCCUAUUUUACUCUCUCUUUUCUACCCGGUGGAAAUUGUUUUGUAUCAGUUUGUCUCUAGCUGUGGAAAAGUGGAGGAAGUUAUUUUUCCCUGUAUUUUUUCUAUCUUUUAGGAAUAGAAAAUUUAUUUUAAAGUAUGGAUGAAUGUCUGUUUAGUGUGACUUAAUUGCAUCAGACGAAAUAUUUGAUCAUACUUCUGUUGAUUCGCCACCUUAAGAAUUCCCAUGGCCGCUUUGCGGCCCAACCCCUGUAAGCGCUAAGCACCUCCAAGUGACGCUUGUAGUGUCACGGAUUUCUUUACUUGAGAGGAAAGACAAUAUAAAGAAACGCAAGAGACAACUAGCGUGGGAUAAUCAUGAAUGAUAUUUUUCCUAAUCUAAUAACAAAAUUGAAGCAAUUGAAAUAAACGUUUUAAAGUUGAA